GCGACGUGGCAUGAAAGCUGUUGGCAACUUUUUGGUUGAUUUGUCAGAAGUUAGGCUUUGAGUCGGUGAAUUUCUGACCACUUCUGGUGAAAAUGACGACUUAUCAAGACUUUAUAAAUCAAAAUGAGGAUCGUGAUGGUGUUAGAUUUAGUUGGAAUGUUUGGCCUUCAAGCCGUUUGGAAGCUACACGAAUGGUGAGUUGAAAAUGAUAAAAUGCAGGAAAAUCCGUUCUUUCGUUGUUUUCAGCUGAUCAUAUGAGUGAAAUAUUUUCAAAUCGUUGUUUCAUUUAGGUUGUUCCCGUUGGUUGUAUGUUCACACCUCUAAAGGAACGGCCAGAACUUCCUCCAAUUUGUUAUGAUCCUGUUCUAUGUACUAGAAAUACCUGUAGAGCAGUUUUAAAUCCUUUUUGGUAGGUGUCAUCGAUGUGUUUGGAAUUUCUUAGACUUCUGUGAUGUUUGUAAUGUUCUUGUGAUCUAGAUGUUGCGGUAAGUUCCUUUCUUUUCUUUUUCCUUGAUCAGCCAAGUGGACUAUCGAUCAAAAGUGUGGCAUUGCAAUUUCUGCUUCCAGCGAAAUGCGGUAUGAAUUUUACUUUUUGCUUCAUGUAGAGCUAUUUAAGCUUACAGAGAUUUUCUUUCCAAGAUGUGUUUAUGGUUCUUUUAAAAGUAAAUAUCAAAUUCAUUCUAUAAUUUUACUUGAGAGAAAAUUCCUCAGAGUAUCUUUCUAGACAAUUACCGUACAUACAUUUUUGUACUUACAUGUAUGUGUUUGUUCAUCGGCUCAUCAGUGAUAGUCCAAGCCAACUGAUUAGAUUGGCAAGUCAUCCCAUCAUCAAAACACUAAAUUGCCAUACAUACUCUAUUAAGCUACAAUCAGCAACAUGAUUAGUUGAGGUGCUUCGCCCUAAAGGGGCUUUUUGACGUUUUAUUGACUUCAAAAUGGGGCAAUAAAGCUUUUCCUCCUCCAUCCCCUCCAUGUGAUGUUGUGUGUUUUGAUCUACCUUGUUCUCUGAAUUUACCCUAUUUGAGUACAGUGUCUCAACAAUUUUGUCGCCAGUUGCAGCUUUAGAAAACAGCCAACAUUUCACAAUGCCACCACUGGUCUUCCCGAGAAAUGACGUCUGGGGAACAAGCGCAGAAAUGUCGUGCUCAUAAUGCAUUACUACCCAGAUCUGCAUAGUGCUUUUGAUUUUUAUGAAGUAAAUUUUCAGCUAAUAAGAAGCACUUUGUAGAUCUGGGUAGUGACACAUCGUCAGUAUGGAAAUUUUGCCCUGGUUGUCGCAUUUUUCUUUUCCUAGGAGACCAAGUUGAGGGCAGUACAAAAUAUAGGUCAUUAAAUUCCCAGGCUACUAACAACUGUACUAAGCCCAAUCUCCCCAAGGCUUAUCAUUUUCAAGAACAUUUGGAGGAGAUCCAUAAGAGAAGAGCCCUUACUCAAAUGUGUAAAAUUCAUCAUAAGACUAGGAUGAUACUUUAAUUCUUUGGGCUUUUGCAAGAGGAGUGGGGGAGGUUCUAGAGGGGAAGUAUAACUGAAGAUUGUUAUUAUAUCAUUGCCUAAGUAUACAAGUGACCUGCCAAACCAUCAAGCCCAGCCUGAUGUACAUGUACACCCCCCCUACGAGCACUCGAAAAAAAACUUGAAUUCCAGCUUGUCCUUGGGGUAAGCAGCUCUCUUAUUGAGCUUGCCUGGGGUUACCACUUUCUUGCCAUAGGUAAUGAUUUAGUUGGAGCAUGAUCUGCCUGGUCCCUUACCCAUCACACAAGUGAGCUUUAUGAGUUACUACUCGUUCCAGACGAGCACACCGGCCUUAUUUCAAGCCCUGCCUACCCCUACCCUGUUUAUAGGCCUAUCCAAAACCCCAUAUAUAUAGAAGUUCAACCGUAACUGGAGCUGUUUUAUUCAACAGUUUCCCCCUCAGUACGCUGGAAUCACAGAACAACAUCAACCUGCAGAGUUAAUUCCACAGUUCUCCACUAUUGAGUACACUUUACAGGUAGUAAAAAUAAUGACCACUUGUCUCUGUGCAACCACACAAACUUAGUGUACUGGUUUUUCAUGUUACAUUAUUUUUGCUGAAUGCACAGACACAGUAUUUUAUCACUUAUCAAGUAUAUCAACAUGGUGUACCAGUAAAUACAAUGUAGCUCUACAUGCCAGUUUUAAAUGAAUACCCUAGGAAUGCCAUUUCACACCCUAAUUAACACAACUAUUUAAUCACCAGCAGCAGCAGCAUCAUCAACAUCAUCACUGUAUUGUUUGAUUUUUUUAGCGUGGUGGAGGAUCAGGACCAUUGAUCUAUUUGAUUGUGUUGGACACAUGUAUGGAUGACGAAGACUUUCAAGCUGUCAAGGUUUGGUUACAGUGUUCAUUGCUCACCUAAUUUCUGUAUUAAUUUUCUCAUGGUUUGGAAAUAAAUUUCGUUUAUCCUAUCGGCCAUUUUGAGAUUAUGCUUGCAGGGCUGUCAUUAAGAGGCAAGGACCGGGGUUUUCCCCCAGUUACUAUAAAUGUGGCCCCCAGCUACUUUCAUAGGAAAAGUGGAGAAAAAUAUAACCAAAAGAAAUUCCUAGCUGUCUGAUUCCCCACCUAUUUGUUGUAUUUACCCAGCAACUUGAAAUCUAAGUGACAUCCCUGGCUUUAGACUGCACCAUGCUGCUGUUUUGCCAGGGGGACACUGCUGUUGUUUCUCAGGUUCUACUUGAAACUCAAAACGCUAAUCAUAAUGGGUAAAUUUAGCUGUUGCGUACCUGGAUGCACCAGCAAGUGGAGAAAUUCACCAAAUGUGAAAUUUCACACUUUACCAACUCAACCUAACGUAAAAGAGAUGUACGUAUGACUAAUAAGAAACCCAACCUUGAAGAAGGAUGUGCUGACCACAAGGAUUUGUGGAGCACAUUUUCCAAAUGGAGAAAAUAUCUGAGCCCCUGACAGGAAUUGAGCCUAUGACCUUGCAUACACUGGCCAGAUGCUCUAACCACUGAGCUACGAAGGACAUCGUAGCUCGUAGCUGAGUGGUUAGAGCAUCUGAUCAGUGUACGGAAGAUCAUAGGUUUAAUACCAGUUGGGGGCUCAGAUACAUGUAUUUUCUUUGUCUCAUGCUCGUGACAUAUUUACAUCAUUUUUCAAUAUUCCAGUUAUUUCCUGUCAGAAGCAAAGUUUAUGUGCUUCUGUUCCCAAACCCACGGGUCCAUGCCAUGCCUAUUCAAGAUAGUGUCAAGGGCAAAUCCGUGUACUAAGCCCCACUAUUGGUCCCUGCUAGCUGAUACUUAUGUCUUAUACAUGUACUUUCAAAAACCCUGCAUACUGUGGCAAAGUGCCAGUCUAAAACCCACUGAAAUCUCCCGCUAAUGCCCCACAUUCCCUAAGGAUGGGGCUGCGGGGCUUUCCACUGACUAGUGCAUAACACUUUACCAGACGUACUAAAGUUGUAGCCUUUCACUUUGGGUUUUUCCACCAACAGUUGCCUCUUAAACUUGACUUCUUCAGUCAAAUAUUUUCGUAUUUGACGAAAACCAAUUUUAGGAACACUGGAUAUUCCAACUUCUGGGAAUAGAACAUCUGUUAAUGGACUGAUGUCUUGCCAACAGGAUUAGGGGAUAAUCCACUGUUUAUGUAAUUAUUUACUCUAAAACCAACAAAAAUUCAGUGAAUUUGAAAUGAAACGGACCCAGUCUCACGCACAACCUUAAAAUGGUCUAUACAUGUGGUCAUUAAAAGCUCAUUCUACACUACUUUACAUGUAGUGUGUAUGCUCUACCAUUGAGCUACAGCUGUAAUAAGGAGACUUAUGCUGGAAGCUACAUGUAUGGCCAAUACAUGUAACUGGAUUCAGGCAUCAAUAUCCUGCAUACUGGUUGAACCUAAACUGAAAGGUGUCAGGCUACAGGAGAAUAUUUUAAAACAGGCUUCAUGUCAGAAUAAAAAAUUGUCCUAGGCUACCUUAUGUUAGCCAGAGAAUUCUUUCUAGUACACUUCUGAUGCCUAAUGGAAUGCCUACUGCCUGCUGAAAUCUAAAUAGAUGGCAUACAUGUAUUCACAGUGAUAUACAUGCAAAUGUGAUAGUGAAUUUAUAGCGGGCUGAAUAAUGAAGAAUGAUGCUUGUCCACUCAGUAACAUGGGUAGUUAACUUGGAAACAAUGUUUUAAAUUUGUCUUUGUUGUUAUGUUUGACUUCAUUAAGGGUUGAAUGCUCCAUGAUGCAUGUAUUCUAGCAGUUUUUUGGUAUUUUCAGGAAUCCUUGCAGAUGUCCUUGAGUCUAAUGCCACCCAAUGCUUUAGUUGGGCUAAUAACGUUUGGUAAAAUGGUAAGUGAUAAAGCAAAACAUCCACCAAUUACAGGCAUCUCUGUGAUGCAGACAAUUCACUUGAUUACAGGGAUAAUUAUACAUUAUCAACAUUUAAAAUUCAGCCACCUUCUAAAUAUCAAUAUGGACACUUGGCUCUGUCCCUCUAUCCGUUAUUAGGAUGUUAGGUUUUUUACUUUAUUUCAAAAAUGUUGACCCUCUUUCACAUGCUUUUAAAUUAAGUUUUUUUUCAAUUUUUUUCUUUUUGUUUUUGUGCACUGUUACCUAUACUGGUAAUGAGGAUAAGUCAACAAACACUUGCAUAUUCGCUGUGUCAGUGUUUGUGUCAGCUUUUUUCAGUGAGGAUAGUACAAAAUUAAUGUAUUGUUGUACUUUCAUCAGCAAGUACAGAUGUUCUUGUAAGUAACUUAAUUAACCACUGUUCUGUCAUGUUAUAUUAGGUUCAUGUUCAUGAGCUGGGAUGUGAAGGAUGUUCCAAGAGCUAUGUUUUUAGAGGAACAAAGGAUCUAAAUGCCAAGCAAAUACAGGUUUGUUCAUAAUAAAGUUUUACAAACUACAGUUGACUCCUAAUAACUCAACCCUCGCUAACAACAACAACACUUUAUUCACAUUUCCUUUACAGGGUUUGUCAAACUUAUUGAAUAAUUAGUAACUUAACUCGUAGAAUAUUCUAUUACAAUUUAAACUAAAUAUUAUUACAUAGAAGGAAAUGCCUAGCGGCUAGAUAACCGUAAGGUUUUCGAGCUAGCAACUAGUUCUUUGAAAGUAAUGUCGAAUGUACAGGACAUCACAAUAACUAGACAUACCAAACAUCUUAAUACAUACACACACCAUAAAAAAAAAAAGAAAGCACAUAGAUGGCAAAAAAAAGAAGAGAAAACAGUCAUCAUAGUACAUGACGAUAUGAUUAAAAUAAAAUAGUUUCAGGAAGGUAAUUGUUCGGCCAACAAGUAUUCUUUUAAUGUUUUAGGAAAGUUGUAAGUUGAAUGGGCUUUUAUAUGGGUAGGGAGCUGUUGCCACAAUUCGGUCGCCAUAGCCGCUGUUGUUUGCUUUCCUAUAUUGGUCCUGGAACGUGGUUUGUAGAAGUUACUUUUUGACGCAUAUCUCGUAUUAUAUGUAUGGACUUCACUUGCAUAGCGAAAAUGCUGAUUAAAGAUAUUUAAUUUAGAUUUUGGCGCUGUACUUGCUUCAAGAGCUCAUCAUACUUUGCGGAGAAGUGUUUGACCGACUUGUCCAAUUCAGAGAAUGACUUUUCAAUCGAGGUUAAUUUAGCUUUUAGAGGUCCAGUUUCGGCCUCCAAGAGUGACUUAAUUUCAUCUUUAGUUGCCAUCAAAGCAAUACAAUUGCAGAUGCCUGCACUUAACAAUGGUAGCCGAAAAUUUGGCCAACGUUAAAAAACAUGUGCGGCCGCCAUUGCGCCAUAUGCUAACUUGAACCAAAAUCUAUUUCCCCUGGACUUCCUUCAUACGUUUACUGUAAUUUUACCCUCGGUAACUUGAACCUCCCGCUAACUCGUAGUAAUUCAUGUUUUCAAUUUUCCCGUCUAGCUCAGAUCUUUUCUAUCACUAUAAUUUUGCGCAGAAAGCAAAAUUUCGACAUAGUUUUUGGGUUUAAAAGUGACACAGCAGUCUUGACUUUUACUUUUCGCUUUCUCUCCUCCCUUCUUUUUUCGCUUUUCUUGCCUCAUUUUUUUUUCUCGUGCUGGGCAUUUAGUAGGCUUCAUUUUGGUGGGAAGAGUUUUUAGGAAAGCUUUUAGGAUCUUAGGAUUAGGUGAAAGGAAAGGUAGGUGGGUAAUGGAACAAGAUUUUCAUGGAGAUUUUCAGGUCCUUGUCACAUGGUUUUUUGCUUCUUUCUCCGGUGUCCUUGACUGAAUUGUGCUCAUUCUGGUAUGGUUUGAACAAUCUCUUCACUCUGCACAAGUUAGCGAAGAAAGUUGUCCUUGACCGUUAAAACUGAUGACGUCACAAAGGGUAGAAAGGACCUGGAUCCGCACGGGCGGUUACGGGCGGUUCAGGGGCGAAUGGGUUAAAUUUAAUGUUGAGUGAAAAUUGAAAGAUGCUGCUAGAUUAUAAAAUAAUCACAAUGUAACGUAACAAAACAUUGCCUAAAUAGAGCAUGGGUUUUACUGUUUUGAGAAGCAAAGCUGUUUCAUGUUAGAUUUGUGACAAACAAUAUCAACCUUCACUAGUAAACUAUAUGCGUACAACAUGUCAAUGAGAAAUUCAAAAUCCAAUGUUUCGGACGCCUAUUUACUUCGAGCUCCUGAUAACUCAAAUUCCCAAUAACUCAAACUUUUUUUGAUUUCCCUGAAGGUUCGUGUUAUCAGGGGUUGACUGUACCAUCAUUUUAAGUCCAUGGUAAUAAUGUUGUUAAUCGUUAGGGUACAUACAUGUACAUGCACAGUACUGAUUGUUGUAAUAUACAUUAUUGCUAUGUGCAAACAGACACAGUAACUACCAACAUUGUUAGCCUGGGAGAAUGCUAUAGUUUUUGGAUCCAACAAUGUUGCACUACACUUUGUCCCUCACAGAAUGAAAGAAAAUGUUGGGAGUUGUGGGCUUGCACAUGUAACACCCAACAAUGUUGCAUCUGUUUGCAUGGAGUUUUAAUAUUAAACCCUCAAUAGAAUUUAAAAUUACCAAUGCUAAUAGUACCAUUACUCAGGGCCUACUUUUGCUGUGUAUUUGCUAAAUAUAGGAGAUGCUUGGUUUAGGCGGCAGUGGAAGAGGCCAGCAGCCACAAAUGAGAGGAGGCCCUGUCCCCCCACAACAGCAUCAACCUGGCAAUGACAUGUUUAACAGGUAAGAAUUAACAGCGACAGUAAAGCAAUUUUUUUGUCUGUUAAUAAUUAAUUAUAAUAUUAUCAUUUUCAUCAUAACCGGCAACAGUACAGUCAAAGCUCCAUGUGCUACCGCCUGAUCUCUCUGUUCACUGUGUGCACUAUGCCAAUUAAAAUAUACGAAUAACUUUUAAUUAGUAACAACAUGGAACUACACAUGGUGUCCAAUGUACAUGUAACUUAGAAAUUGUAUGCAAUAAAUUAUUAUCUUCUGUAAAGUAGAUGGGUCCGGACCUCUUCUCGGAAGAGGCCCCUGUGGUUCAAUUCUUGCAGUGACCACCUCCUGUAAGUAAGUAUUCGCAUUUUGGGUGGUCGCUUACGGGAGGUCUAACACAGCAGUUACCUGAAAGUGUGCUUGUACAUGUAUGUGUAUAUCUUACUAGGUGUAAAAAUCAUGGUACUUUUCUGUUACUCUGAAAACUGUGCAAGCAGAUGUUUGUAUUUGAGGUGCAAUUUAUUCGUCAUCAAUGUAAGCAGUUUAAACUGAAAAAAAUUAGGCUCAAGUGAUUAGGAAUUUUUUCAUGUCUUUCUGCUUAGUAGACUCACAAUUUAAACAGCAAAGAAUCUCUUAUGUUAUGGUUUAAUUUUUGUUUUGGCUUCAUUAAGUGAAACUAGUUUCAUUUUCUUACAUGGAACUGUUUUAUAUCUUCCCUCUUUCCUCAGAUUUCUGCAGCCGGUUCACAAGUGUGACAUGAGCCUUACUGAUUUACUUGGGGAACUUCAGAGAGACCCUUGGCCUGUUGCUACUGGAAAAAGACCCCUGAGAUCCACUGGUGCAGCUCUCUCAAUUGCGAUCGGUCUGUUGGAGGUACAGAUCAUAAUUAUUAGUCUCAGUUGUAGUAAGAGGCUUAAGUGUCUUUAACACACCUUGCAGUGAGGUUUGGCCAUGUACUAAUAAUGCAGGGCACAUACUUGACUUGUGAUGUACAGUGUAUAUAAACUUAAGCAACGUCACAAAGAUUCUUGUGUCAGUUUUGUAAAAAGAGUUAGUCCUGGCAACUUAAUCUUCCCUUUAAAUCAAAGCAGAAUUGUUCACUCAUCUUCAGCUUAUUGUACACACUCAAAUCGAUCAUUUGCUACCCUACCAUAGACCAAUUGCAAAAUUAAUAUGGCGACGAUUUCACCAAAGUGAGGCUUUUUGGUAGCAACCGUUGCUAGGGGCUGGUUGCCUGUGUUUACCUGUGCCGUUGCUGGAAAGACUGCAGCUUCUCGGGCGUCUUUUAAAUUCGACAAAAAUAAGUCAAUUUUCUUUGCUGAAAAAGGUUUCAAUGUGGUAUACAUGCUUUGGAUACUGGUUUUCCAUGCUAAAUUGAAUGAUCAACUGACGCACAGCGAUCACAGACAGAGUCUUUUGUAGCGAUCGCGAUACUUUGACUGCCCGAUAUUUUUCAUUCAUUGUAUUUAAGGUUCAUAUGUAAGUCAUCGUGGACCAUUUCAGCUUUUGUCAUGGAAUAGUGGGAAACUAAAUACAUUAGGCCUUCAGCAUGAUUACAAAACCCCAAAGAUCCAGCGACACAGGUGCAGGCCGUGAAGCAAGUACAUCGUAAGGUUGCUCGGUUGAGAUUGCUAAUCUUAUUUUAUGUGGGGGUUCAGCUUUCCGUAGACUUCGGUAGCAAAUGGUUCUGAAAUAAAAGGUUUUGCUCUCUUAAUGAUUCUUGGCCCUGACGUUAUGAAAGUAUCCUUCAAUAAAAAAAUUGACACCACGUUCAAACGGCUUCAUUACCAUGUAGUCCGGGGAAUGCUGAAUGUUUUUACUGGAGUUUCGGACAUAUUUCACAAUGGCAUUAUACGUGAAUGGAGGAAGAUCGUCCAGUAAUUUAUCCAUAUUCUUCUCAGAGGGACAAAAUCUAAACUUUUCCUCAUUCUCCCUAACAAGAUCUGAGUCGCUCUUUUUGCUUUAAGCACAAAGUGCAGCGGCAGUCGCUUGAUUAUUUUGAUCAUUUUGCCCGCGAUUUGAAGUACUUCCUUCACUCUGCACAAAAAAAUCAACAAGGGACGCUAAUUUUAAACUUGCAAUCACUUAGACAGAAAAAAAUUAAUGAAAGACAAAGGUGCAUUACACGGUUUUCAAGUGUAUUUAAUCAUAUAAAACAGAGGGUUAGAAACGCUGCUUACUUUGCAACAAGUUGGGCCUUCACUGUUAAUCCUUUCAGGCUCAUUUUCUUCCUAAAAAGAAUUGCUUUUAAUUCCUUCACUUGUAUCUUUUCUACAGGCCUAUCCAUUAUGAACUUAAUACUGUUCGGUAAAAAGAACAUACAGUGAAACUGAGUCUAAAACAUUUUCAAGAAGUUCAAGUUCAAAGUCGGAAGUGUAAUAUGAGUUCACACAUAAGUACAUCGCAAUCGUAAUGUUUCCUAUCAUCUACAUUCCGAUUUGUAUAAUAUAGGCAAAGUAAAAAGCACUGACCUUUAUUUUAACACAACGAACCGACGAUGACUUCUUCUUGAAAGUUUUUUUAUUGCUUCCAGAGUGAAAAAACAACAAGAUAACGGACUCGCAUUAGCAUAUAAACAAGCGACCAGCCCUUUGCAACGGUUGCUACCGAAAAGCCUCGCUUUUGUGAGAUCAUCGCCAUAUUUGCAAUCGGUCUAUUUACUACUUAUCAUUUCGCUAAUUUUGAAACUGUAAAAUAUUCUACUGUUUAGUGUCGUAAUUAUGUAUUGUUUAUGUUACUGACUUGUACCUGCAAUUCAGCUGUAAGCUGCAAAAGGUGUCAAUAAACAAGUCAUUCUUUCAUUCAUUCAUUAUAAUUUAUUCAAAUCACUUUAUUCUUGUCACAUUAGCCUAUUGAAAACUUUCGUUUAUAGCUAUCUACUGCGUUUUAAGAAACUGCAAAGCUUGUUGCUUGAAGGAAGUAAUGAUUUUUUGUUAUUUCCUUCAAGCAACAGGCUUUUCAAUUUCUUAUUAGAAAAUUGAGUGGAUGCUUUGUGGAAUUUUGAUGUAUGUGUAUUUGAAAAAGAAAAUCCCGAGCUCUUGAAGUUUCUGGCAAAUACAUGAUGUUGAGAUUUACUCUUUUUUUCAAAUUAUCAAUGAAAAUAUACCAAUACAAAUAGAGUGGAAGUUACAUAUAAACUCCAGAGCUAAGUAUCUUUUUGAGUUCAUGGAUUGCUGGAAAUUCUCACAGAAGGCAAGCCAAAAUAAAGUUUAAUAUUCCAAGUUGAGCAACAUAUUACUUACCGCACCAAAUGCAACUUCUUUCACAUUUUAGUGUACUUACCCCAACACUGGUGGAAGAAUCAUGCUUUUCAUGGGUGGACCUGCGACACAGGUAACAUGGAAAAGUUACACGUACGACCUGGACAUGUAAUGGUACACUAUAUGUGAAAAAAAACUAGUUUUUUUAUAUUUAGAAAAUCGCCUGGUGGUGAAUAACAGAUGUAACAUCUCCAAGCUAAAUUUGUAACCUUGGCUGGCCAGAAGUCUAAUACUUUACAUAAGGUUUUUUAGACAACCCCAAUUGUUGCAGGAAUUUGUAACAGACAGGAUCAAAGCAGUGUCUUAAUUUUUGGUGGAUGAUACUAAUUAUUAUUAUUAUUAAGUUAUUGGUGUACAUUUAUUGUUAAGUGUCUCUUUGAUUGUAACAGGGCCCAGGCAUGGUUGUUGACAAUGAGUUAAAGAAUCCAAUGAGAUCACAUCACGAUCUUGAGAAGGAUAAUGCAAGAUUUGUCAGAAAGGCAAUCAAGGUACAUGACUGUACAUGUAUCUUAAGGUUACUUUGUUAUCAAAGUAACCAAGUUCAUAUACAACCUAAAUAAACAUGUUCAUUAUUGCAGCAAAAAGAUAGUUCUUAUCUUAGUUGAUUUGAUUGAUUCUAGGCUUAGCAUAUAAAAUUGGAAUGUACACAACUGUUUUAACAUUUUAGAGCUACAUUACAUUUGGCAUGCAGCUGUCUUUGAGGAGUUUACUGUGACUGCAGCAAAAACAUGCCUUAAAAGUGAAUUUGUGUUCUUUUAAUCUUAAUCACAUCCAACUCACUUACUCUGUGAAAUAUAGGCAAACUUUACUGGAGUUGAAUUCUUAAGAACAGUAACCAAGUUCAGAAAGAGAAAGAAAAUGUUUUUGUUGCUUUUUUUCCUCCUCCAUAAAACUUAAAACUUGGCAUUACGCUUUGCAGUCUUGGAGAGAUGGCAAAUAAUACAGUCAAACCCCACUUUAUGUACGCCCACUUAAUACAGACACCUCGUUAUUAUAGACAGUUUGCUUUGUCCCUGGGGAAAGUCCAUACCUUUUCUCUAAAUUCAACCCGCUUAACACAGACUCCCUUUCUUGACCAAUGAACAGAUUCCCAUAGAAAGUUAACCUCGCUAAUGCAGACAAUUCAUUAUCAACGGCAUGUUUUUACAAACCUUUCCUUCUUGAAGGAAAAAAAACUCUCUAGUUGAGAGCAUGUUGAUGUUCCCAGCACUACAAUACACCAGAUACAAUGAUUUGUAGAUGCCAGUUGAAGACUGAGGCAUCAAACUAGUUAUGCAGAGAUCAGUUUUUAUUAAGUAGUACAAAGAUGAGCAAUUUUUGUAAUGUUUCCUUGCAUUUGACGACUUUGUGAAAGGUGAUUUUUUGACUUUAUUAACACUGGCACCCCAUUAAUACAGAAUUUUUCGAUAGCCCACUCUGUGUCUGUAUUAAUGGAGUUUGGCUGUAGUACAAUAAAAUUGAAGUGAUGUACAUGCACAGUUGUUGUUCCUGUUUUGAUGACUUAAACCUUACAUUAGCAUUUAAACUGUAAAAAAAAACCUCUUAAAAGUUUCUAUGUUGUCUUCUGAACUGACCAUUUGCACAUUCUUUGUCACUUAUUAUAUUUAACUAAUUUAUCCAUAUCAUGUAACUUGUAGCAUUAUGAAGCACUUUCAAAGCGUGCAGCAGAAAAUGGCCAUGUUGUGGAUAUAUUUGCUUGUCAGUUGGAUCAAACAGGACUGCAUGAGAUUAAAAGCUUUCCUAAUGUCACAGGGUAUGUUCACUAGAUUAUUUAAUAAAAUUAAUAUUAUUGUUCCUUUUUUAACAGUUUAUGAUGCACCACUCUUGUCUUGGGCGAAUAUUAAUUUUGUUAUUCAGCGUACAAAGAAAGUGGUGUCCGAUAGCCUGGGGCUAGUGGAUUUUGCUAUCAGGCUAGUGAAUUCUGUUCUUAACUUGCCCAACGGGCAAGUAAUGUUUUGUGAGGAAUUCAAACGGAAGAAGAACUGUGAAAUCAAUUCUGCCCGUCAGAAAGCUUUUAGGGCUAGUUGAAAGGACGUUUGGGCUAGUAAUUGCUGUCUUCAGCUUGCCCGAAUGGCAAGCUGUAAAAAUGAUUUUCUUUGCCCCCUGUUAUUUGAAUUAAUUUGUUGUGAUUUGAAUUAUAAGUCCUCGUUUUCUCUAUUACCACUCACUAUUCAGGAAAAUAAGCACAUACUCAUCCUCAAAAGAGCAGUCUCUUUUAGGGAAGGAUCAAAGACCAGACUCAGGAGAGCGGCAAUGAUCAAGCCUGGUGGAAAUGGGAGACUUGCUUAACAAUAACAACUUGCUAACACACUUUUCUUAAAGCUGCUUAUACUGUACAAUAAUAUAAAUCUCCCAGUGUGAUUGGAAUGCAUUCUGAUCUGCAGGCAAGCUUGAUGUUUAUUGUUUUUGUUUUGUUGUCGGCAGAGGCUACAUGGUAAUGGGUGAUUCCUUCAACACAGCCCUUUUUAAACAGACUUUUCAAAGAGUGUUCUCCAAAGACAUGCGUGGGGAGUUUAAAAUGGCUUUUGGUGCAACUCUUGAAGUGAAGGUUAGUGUAAAGUAAUGUGGAAAAACAAAGUAUUGUAUUAAUUUUAAGAAAAACUCAUUAUUUUUAAUAUUAUUACAAAUUUUUAUUAUUAUAGUAAUAGUAUCAUAAUAAUACAACUAAUUCGUAUUCAAAUUUUAUUAUUAUAGCUAAAUUAUUCAAAUAUAUUAAAACAUGACAAAAUAUUUUACAAAUGUAGAAUAAUUCUUUUAGAAAUAUAUUUUCCCAAAUUAGAAGUGUUAAUUCCAUUUUGUAAGAGGUUACAUGGGUGAUUUAAAACAUUUCCAAAUCCUGGAAACCAAUUUAAAUUCUGUAUUAUUCUGAUUUUUCUAUCCCCUUACUGUGACUGAUGUAGCUGUAGGUUUUUAUUUAUGGUGCGGUUUAUUAUUGGUUUAGACCUCCAGGGAGCUACGGUUGUCUGGUGCCAUAGGACCGUGUGUAUCAAUGGACAGAAAAGGACCCAAUGUGUCAGAAACGGUACUUACAGUCACACUGUUUAAGAUUAUUAUAGUUGUUCUUGGAUAAUAUGGCCCCGUUCAAACAUCACAUGUUUCAUGUAGCGAACUUAAUACCUAUUUGGCUUGACUCAAAUGAUAUGAGCUUGUUGAUUCAGACAUAAAACUUAAUGAGUCGGACGCAGUUCAUUUUUACGAAGUUUAUUUACAAUUUAAAAGCCAUUUUCGGUUUGGAAUUUACCACAUAAAUCUAUUAUUUUUGACUUCUCAAGUUUCUUUCGGAGAGGUGAGUUUCCUGUAGCAGAAUUCAUGCGUGUUAAAUUUAUUUUUAAGUUAAGCACAGAACUUUAAACUGUUUUAUGAAGGGUUCUUUUUGUUAGAGCAUGUCUGAUUUUUCUUCGUUGUGUGUUGGAUUUUUUAGGAAAUUGGUGUUGGAGGGACCUGUGCAUGGAAACUUUGCGGAUUGGAGCCUCAGACAACAGUUGCCAUUUUCUUUGAAAUAGUUAAUCAGGUGAAAAAGAAUACCAAACACUGGCAUAACCAUUAGAACAUGUUAGAUCCUCAUCUUUACUGUUGCUUACAUACAAGGGGAGAGUACCAAAACCAUGGUGACAGCUAUCUUUGCACGCGCUUUAGGGUCGAUGGGAUAAAAGUAAUAUCACGUGAUAUUUCAGGGGGCAAACAAAAGAUAAAAUUUGCCAAUGCGAUAAAUUGCGGUCGACUUUGUUUAUUUUCUCAAAACGAAACGACGAUUUAAUAGUCAUGCAAAAUGUACGGUUUGAGUUUCGACAAAGCUAACGUUGUUAUUGCUUGCUGUAAGGACAUCUACGGUCGCUACUGCAUCCAAGAAAAGGAAAAAUGAUCACUUCCACCCACAAUUUGCCAUUAUCGUCUAAAAUAUAGGAAGUGGUUCAUUUUCUGUUGUCAAGAAUAAACCAACUCGACGGCGAUUUGUUGUAUUGGACAAAAUUAUCCCUUGUUUGCCCCCUGAGAAACCACGUGACAUCGCUUUUAUCCCAUCAAUCCUUAAGAGUGUGUAAGGAUGGCGGGCAUCGUGAAUAAGGUCUAUUGCUGAUUCCCUUCUAUACAGACAUCUGUUGCUAUGAAGUCAAUUCUGUAGGUCAUUCUUAGCCUGCCAGCAAGCUCUCCGUAGCGCUUUGCAUACCCUGCACCCCCGCUUCCCUGGACCCCAGGUGAGUUUGCUCGCAGGUUAGGUUAAGAAUGCCUUUAAAAAAGAGAUUUUGAGGAAGAAAGACCUGCCUGCCUGUUUUGUAGUCUAGUGUUGCACUGUAGUGAAGCAGGUUGUAAUUUUGGAUUCCGUAAAAUCUGUUUCAAAUCCUGAACUUCCUCCUUCACUCUCAAAACACACCAAGCAGCAUUUUCAGUGGCAAUCAUGUUAGCCUGCCACUAAGCCACUAAAUUUCAACACGUUGAAAUUUUGCUUGUUUGUUUGUUUUUUUUCAUCAUCAUCAUCAUUAUUAUUAUUAUUAUUAUUAUUAUUAUUAUUAUUAUUAUUAUUAUUAUUAUUAUUAUAAUAAUAAUAAAUGGCUUGAACAUCUUUUACUUGUGACUUAUCGCAGCACACAGCUCCAGUACCUCAGGGUGGACGAGGAUGCAUACAAUUUAUUACACAGUACCAACACUCAAGCGGUCAGCGGAGAGUGAGGGUCACAACAUGCGCAAGAAACUGGGUAGAUUCGACCAAUAUUCAACAUAUCGCCCUGGGUUUUGACCAGGAAGCUGCAGCUGUCGUGAUGAGCAGAAUAGCUGUUUUCAGGUACAUAAUCGCAACCUUCAUUGAACUACAAUUACAGGAUUGAGUACGAAUUCUCAUCUUCUGUAAAGACUUAUCACUCAGUCUUAACCGUUAAGUCUCUCUUGGACAGCGACUGGAAAGAGUGAGAUGGUGACUUCGCUGAUUCCAAAUUCCUUAGUCGUACUCCGAACUCGUACUUGGAUCUGUAUUUCAGUCGGAAAUUUAAAGGCUGGAUUUACCCUGGGCGAUAUUUACAGCGCAAAAGCUAGUGGGGCCGAGCACAAAACUGCAACAAAUAAUUCCAAAAAACAUAACAGGGUUAAAAAUUCUCAACUGGCCGGAGGCGAACCAUUUGGCUAGUCACAAGCGUGAUCCAGAAUUUGAAGUCAUGCAGGACUACCGAGAACAAAUCCAGUUGGCGGUCAGAACGGGACUUGAACUCGGAGCUGAAGUUCCAUCCCUCUCAGCGCUUGACCACACCACCGUCUUAUUUGCUACAUAUCUUGUCGAUUAUUAAGUCCAUUGUCACAUAGACGGCAGCUGCAACCUGUAUUAUAGGGGUUUUAAUAUUCCUCUUUACUACGAUCCCUACGAGACAAGUAUACUCUCAACCAUCAUUAUGUAAAGCCGGCUUCUCAAGAAGCAGCAUUUGUGUGGCAUUUUAGUUGCGAGAUAACGUAGAAAACCUUCUCAAACAUAAUACCACUUGAAAUGUAAUGAUUUGAUCUGUUUCCUGCUUUCGUUACAGAGCUGAAGGAGAUGACGGGCCAGAUGUGUUGCGAUGGCUAGAUCGCAUGCUCAUACGACUGUGUCAAAAGUUUGGUGAAUACCACAAGGAUGAUCCAGGAUCAUUCCGACUCGCAGAGAACUUCUCUCUUUAUCCACAGGUAAACUGAAAGUGUAGUCACUUGUCGUAACAUACCCACCCCAUCAUGUAUUUCACCUACUAUUGCCGGUUUGUUUCAUCAUGGCUGGUUUACUGAUUGUUCAAUUCUGUAUGUUUCAGUUUAUGUUUCAUUUGAGACGUUCACAGUUUCUUCAAGUGUUUAAUAACAGUCCUGAUGAAACAGCUUACUACAGGUGAGCAACUCUUGUCCUAGGACGACAACUUCGUUGAAGUGACUGUGUCUCACAGUCAGGUAGAGGAGUCAGUGAUGCUAUGCGAAUUUGUGUUGAAGAAUAUAUGAUACACGUAAUUCGUUGCCCGUGAAUAAAAGAAGAAGAAGCAAGAAUGUAAAACAGUGGGAAUAUAUAAGGAGUUGAUAGAUCUGUGACCUAUUCCUGGCGAUAAGCCGUCGUUAGCCAUCUCUAGAGUGAGAGCUCGGCAAAAUAACUCUCUGUCGUACCUUAAAUCCUCUAUUAAGCCUUCCCGUGGGCUUAUUUAUUUCCAGCACGUUUGAGGGAGGGGCUUAUUUCAGAGGGUGGGGCUUAUUUAUUUUGGUGAAACGGGGCGCUAUACUGCUGUCCCAAACAAUCAAAAGAUGGUAUCAACGGCCCACUACCUAGCCUCGUUUGUGACCAAAAUUCUUUGCGCACGAUUGUUCUUUUCAUAACAACUAUCUUGGGCAUUCAGGUAUAUAAAUUUACGCAAAUUAAGAUUUUCGAUACAGGGCUUAGUGGUGAAAUUUGCUCGUCUGACGUUAACACGCAUUAGGGUUAUUCUCUGCAAAGAAAUAGAACGUAAAAUAACGAGAAACGUACGAAAUCGAGCGAAGAUGGUCGAAAAGUACGACAAAUGUUUCGUCAAUAGAGCAAAAACCAAACGGAAAUCUUCGACGCUUUGAUAUAACAUCGAAAACCGCUCGAAAUCGAGCGAAGACGGUCGAAAACUACGACACACGUUCCGUCGGUCAUCCCGAAUUACGGACUUGCACUGCAUGGUGACAAGGUGGAUUUUCAGUUGCUUAGCAACUGAAACCACAAAGCAGCUCAAGCACACGAAGUUACAUGUCUAGUAUUCGAAGAUCAAAAACAAAUCCGAACUUCGGGCACAUGAAUUAUUAAUCCAUACAAGAUCAGUCCACGUGAUUAAUUGAUACAGUCAUAGCGUCAAUACAUUUAUUAAAUUUGGUUAUGAAGAAUAUAGGGGGAGCAGGGGGGGGAGUACAUAUGAGAGAGGGGGCCUUAAUAGAGGACUGACGGUAUUUAGAAGACUAUCAGUACUAUCUUUUGUUCUUUAUCUUUAGACACAUUCUGAACCGUGAAGAUGUGACAAACUCGCUCAUCAUGAUUCAGCCUAUACUGUACUCAUAUUCCUUCCAUGGACCACCUGAGGUUAGUUAAUAAGUUUAGUUACCAUCUGAUGUUCUAAACAAAAUUAAUAGCACCUGACACUGUAUUAGCUUCAGUACACUUUUGGUAAACGAUUAUUAAAAUCACAUGAAUUGUCCCGUUUGGAAAAAUUAUUGAGUAGCCGGACCUUACGUGUAUAUAGACUUUUUCUUACGAGCGGUUCACAGACAUCAGUUAUUCCUGAAAGAAAAUUCAGUACAAUUCAAUAGUUUUUGCGAAAUUUGUUGGAAUCUGCUAACGCUUCCCUUGACUCGUGAAUAGUUGAUGUAAGAGCUGGACCAUGUGUUGCUGAAUACUAACUUACUGGAUCAUGUUUUUUACCCUUUUGUUUUUUUUUGUCUUGUAUUUCAGCCUGUUUUACUAGACUCAAGUAGUAUCCUUCCAGACAGAAUUCUACUGUUAGACACAUUCUUCCAAAUCCUUAUUUACCAUGGAGAGGUAAGUUUUAAUAGUUGAAGCUUCAAGUUUUUCUCGCAGGGGUAAACCUAGGUUUUCCACUAUCCUAAAAGGCCAUUUCCAAGUUGCCUCAAGCCUUUGUUUCAAAGCGAGGCUAAUUGCGAAGCCAUUGAUAUGAAAAUAACAUCAACGCUUUUGCACUUAGCCUCGUUUUGAAAGUGAGAGUAUUUGGAACUCGAAAAUAGCCUAAUUGAUUCAUUUGAUCAGUUUACGAAUGUUUUGAUCUUUACCCUUGUCUUGUAUUUUUUCUCAGACGAUUGCACAGUGGAAGAAAGCCGGUUACCAUAACGACCCUCAAUACGAGAGCCUUCGAAGUCUUCUGCAAGGUCCGGUAGAUGAUGCUGGGGAGAUUUUACAAGUGCGCUUCCCCAUGCCCCGCUACAUAGAAACUGAACACGGUGGCUCUCAGGUAAUACGCUUUUUCACGUUCUCUUUGUUCAAUCUCUAGAUUGAUAAAUUUUAUACUCAGUUGAAAUCGCUAACAAUUUUGGCGAUCAACUUUAGAAUUUGAACGACUGAUACUCUGGAAUUCUUUACUGUAAUGUAUGCUUGGCAUAAGUCUAUCCAGUAGUAUAGCAGAUGCAAUGGGAACUUAAGAGGUAGUUCACUGUACAUCCCUAAGCAUCUACUAACCUGAGAGCGAUUAAUUCAACAUUGAAAGUAGUUUUUGGCUUAUUUGUUAAAAUUAAUUGUUUUCAGGCUCGUUUCCUGCUGUCGAAAGUGAACCCGUCCCAGACCCACAACAAUAUGUUCGCUUGGGGCCAAGAUGCUGCAGGCGCGCCUGUACUCACUGAUGACGUCAGUUUACAAGUGUUUAUGGAACAUCUCAAGAAACUUGCCGUAUCGAACACUUCAUAA